UCGUUCCCCACCUUCCCGGCGGGGUGCUUGGGCGGGAGCCCCCCGGCGAGGGAGGCGGCAGCGCUUGGAGGAGGCGCCUCGCAACAGAUGGUUAAAGCCGGCUCCUCGCCACGGCCCGCAUUGGCCGGCGGCGCGAGGAAGGGCGGGAGGGAGUCGGCCCCGCGCAGGGAAGGCGACGGCAGCGGCCGGAGCUGCGCGGCCCCGCGGCGGGGAGCGGAGCGCAGCGCCCCAGCCCCAGCUCUCUCGCUGCCCGCGCGGUGCUGAGGUGACCGGCUUCCCGCCGCGGAGGUCGCCGGCGGCGCCGGGCCACCUGUGAGUUUUCCGCCCCGCGGGUGCUAUCCAGGUUUGCCUUUCAAGCUGCUUUUGACUACUCCGGACAGUAGCAACACAUUGAGUCUGACAUGAUUCUUCCCAGUUGUGCUGCUGCAGAUGGAAUUCUGAGUACAAGGAAUGAAAACUGAUAGGACUUGUCGGUGUUCCUUCUGGUACAGCCUGGCAUAUCUCUGAGCAGCCACAGAGGAGACCUGCAAACAAAGAAGAAAUAGAAGCCAUUAACCUACCUUGUUCAGAGAGAACACUAAAUCAGCCAAUAUGGCACAGCACUGUAUUGUCCUUGGAUUAUUCAUGGUGACUGUUUUAUCACUGCUGGAUGGAAGUUCAGCUUUCCUGUUAAAUCAGCGUCUGAAGGGAAGAUUUCAAAGAGACCGUAGAAACAUCCGCCCAAACAUCAUCCUUGUUCUUACUGAUGAUCAGGAUGUAGAACUUGGGUCUAUGCAAGUAAUGAAUAAAACAAGGCGGAUCAUGGAACAUGGAGGUGCUCAUUUCAUCAAUGCCUUUGUUACAACACCCAUGUGCUGCCCAUCUCGUUCCUCUAUUCUUACCGGGAAGUACGUUCACAACCACAACACUUACACUAACAAUGAGAACUGCUCUUCUCCAUCCUGGCAGGCCCAGCAUGAAAUACGUACGUUUGCAGUGUACCUCAACAACACAGGAUACAGGACAGCUUUCUUUGGAAAGUACCUCAAUGAAUACAAUGGCUCCUACGUGCCUCCUGGUUGGAAAGAAUGGGUUGGACUACUUAAAAACUCUCGAUUUUAUAACUAUACACUCUGUAGAAAUGGAGUGAAGGAGAAGCAUGGAUAUGACUACUCCAGGGACUAUCUAACUGAUCUGAUUACAAAUGACAGUAUUACCUUCUUCAGAAUCUCAAAGAAGAUGUAUCCUCACAGGCCUGUGCUGAUGGUUAUAAGCCACGCUGCUCCUCAUGGCCCUGAAGAUUCAGCCCCUCAGUACUCACAUCUCUUUCCUAAUGCCUCACAGCACAUCACUCCCAGUUAUAACUAUGCUCCAAACCCAGACAAGCACUGGAUAAUGCGGUAUACAGGACCCAUGAAGCCCAUACAUAUGGAGUUCACUAACAUGCUACAGAGAAAACGCCUUCAGACGCUCAUGUCUGUGGAUGACUCUAUGGAGAUGAUUUACAAUACGUUGGUUGAAACAGGUGAAUUGGACAAUACAUAUAUAAUAUAUACAGCUGACCAUGGUUAUCAUAUUGGGCAGUUUGGGCUGGUGAAAGGAAAGUCCAUGCCAUACGAGUUUGACAUCAGAGUUCCUUUCUACAUCCGAGGUCCAAAUGUGGAGGCUGGGUCCUUGAAUCCUCACAUUGUGCUGAAUAUUGAUCUUGCACCCACCAUUCUAGAUAUUGCUGGAUUGGAUAUUCCCUCUGAUAUGGAUGGUAAAUCCAUUCUAAAGCUUCUGGAUUCUGAGAGACCACUGAAUAGGUUCCAUUUAAAGAAAAAGAUGAAGGUAUGGAGAGACUCGUUCCUAGUGGAAAGAGGUAAACUGCUUCAUAAAAGGGAGAAUGAGAAGGUAGAUGCCCAAGAGGAAAACUUUCUACCCAAAUACCAGCGUGUAAAAGACCUUUGUCAGCGAGCUGAAUAUCAGACAGCUUGUGAACAGCUUGGCCAGAAAUGGCAGUGUGUGGAAGAUGCCAGUGGAAAGCUCAAGCUACACAAGUGCAAGGGAAUGGCAAACUUGGCAGCUGCCAGCAACAGCAAAGGCACCUCCAAUAUUUUGCCCAAGUAUUACAGCAGGAAUAGUGAGGACUGCAACUGCGAAGAGAAUGAAUACAAGCUGAGCCACAUUGGACGGAGAAAGAAACUCUUCUCCAAGAAAAAAUACAAACCAGGCUAUGUCCGGAAUCGCUCUAUUCGUUCUGUAGCUGUUGAGCUGGAUGGAGCUGUUUAUAAUGUGGGUUUGGAGGAUGGCUACCAACCUGUCAUACCAAGAAACAUCUCCAAGAGGCACAGGAUGCAGAGGGCUGCUCUUCGUGAGGAGGAAGAUAAAGACAUGGGGGAGUACAGCGGCACCGGUGGCAUUGCAGAGUAUGCAGCCCCUAACCUGAUAAAAGUGACCCACAGGUGCUAUAUCCUGGAGAAUGAUACCGUCCAGUGCGACACAGAUCUGUACAGGUCACUGCAAGCUUGGAAGGACCAUAAACUCCACAUUGACCACGAGAUUGAAACUUUGCAAAACAAAAUAAAAAACCUGAGGGAGGUGAGAGGCCACCUGAAGAAGAAGCGCCCGGAGGAGUGCGAUUGUAACAGGAUGAGUUACCAUUCCAAACACAAAAGCAAACUGAGGCACAAGGGAUCUAGUCUUCAUCCUUUCAAGAAAGCCCUACAGGAGAAAGACCGGCUGUGGCUGCUUCGAGAGCAAAGGCGGAAGAAGAAGCUGCGCAAACUGCUUAAGAGAAUAAAGAACAAUGACACCUGCAGCAUGCCUGGUCUGACCUGCUUCACCCACGACAACCAGCACUGGCAAACUGCUCCCCUGUGGACACUGGGCCCUUUCUGUGCCUGUACCAGCGCCAACAACAACACGUACUGGUGCCUGAGGACAAUCAACGAGACCCACAACUUCCUAUUUUGUGAAUUUGCUACUGGAUUUUUGGAGUAUUUUGAUCUCAACACUGAUCCAUAUCAGCUAAUUAACGCAGUGAAUACACUAGAUAGAGACAUUCUCAAUCAACUACAUGUCCAGCUCAUGGAAUUGAGAAGCUGCAAAGGGUAUAAACAGUGCAAUCCAAGAACCAGGAACAUGGAUCUGGGACUUAAAGAUGGAAGCUAUGAGCAGUACAGGCAGUUUCAGCGUCGAAAGUGGCCAGAUGUGAAGAGACCAUCAUCUGCCAAGUCACUAGGACAGCUGUGGGAAGGCUGGGAGGGCUAACCUCCCCCAAGUGCUGCACCUCCACGAGGAUACAGACUGGCCAGAACUUGAGUCCGUGUACAGACUAAAUGACAACGUGUGUGACUUCAGAGAGAAUUACAUUAACCUGGAGGACUGGAUAAACUUUGAGGCUGAACUAGAUAGAAUGUUUGCACUGGUGAGUGAACUAAAUACCUGCAGUGAAAUGAUGGGAAAUGCUGUCAGAAAUACAGGUCUCUGAAAUCCACUAUUGUACCUGCUUUUUGCUUUGGAUUAUACCUCACCUGCUUCACAAGGCGUUUUACUUUGAGAUGACACCACUAACACUGAUCCAGGAACUGACAGCAAAGGAAACACAGCUACAUCCCAGAGGAUUCCUGCCCCAGCGCGCAGUGUGCGCAGGGACAGCGGAUGUACACUUAAACCACGCUUCAGUUCACCUGUAUCAGCAGUUGUCAUGAGAGAGACUUCAAAGCAACAUUUAGAAAACGUGAACACUUUUGCUUCUAACUGGAGAUGAUGAAAAAGAACUUGGAAGAGAAUCAGGAACAAGUGAGCAGCACUGAACAUUCUCAACACCAUGGUAUUUCUCAACUUCCCUCUGAGGAUACAUUUUAGUUCCACACCUACUUGUACAUCCUAUUGCCACCUCUAGGAAUGUUAGGGAAAAUCUUGACUAAGAGGACACCAGAUUUUGGAGGGGUUAUGUAAAUAUUGCUCAAUAUACUGUUUGAAAAGAAAUUCCUUCAGGUUAUGAAGAAUUUUGUUAAUAAAAAGAGUGGAAUGCCCACACACCAGUUCUCCAAAUGUCACUUCAUGUCACAUAGUGCAUUUCAGGAUUUCUCCGUUUUUAAAGUACUGAAAAAUUUCAGUAAAUGUACAUCUUAAAAUUUAAUGAACUUGGAUUUGUAUGAAGUUUUUUUAUGUGGUAAUAUUAUAUUGUAUGUUCAAAACCAAAACGGUUCCUUUGAGAAAGCAUUUGCUUGGUAGUGUAAUUUUGACAUUUAUUUUUAAAAAGGCAGCUCCAAGAAGUUCAAUACUUGUAGCCAAUAAAGAAUAAUCUAGUUAAGAGUUUAGUCUACAAAUCAGUAGAUGUUCUGAACAACAGUUACUGUUUAAAGGCUUUUAAAGGGAACACCCCAUCAUUUUACUACAGAAGCACAGUGUACAGAGGCUACUUGAGUAUUUUCAUAAAGACGUUAUUAAAUACAUUGUAGUACAGGCACUAGAGGUGAUAUUUGUAUUUAUACGUUUUUCAUGUUAACCUGCUGUUUUCAAGGCACAUGCAGGAGGGAGCUCGUGUGACAGACUUGACCAACUGUGGCCUUCACUCUUAACAAAGAGGUAUUUAUUUCCAAACCACAGAUUUGACUUGCACUUCCAGAAACACCGUGUAAAGAUACACCACCACAGACAUGAUUCUGAAACCCUGCCUGGCUUUGCACAUCAGGAAAUUCAAGUGGGAUUACUUCAUAAGGGACACAGAUCUCUGAUACCACACCCCCAGACUAAAAACAUACUUGAAUUUAGGAACUGAGGAAAAAGCCUCACUCCAAAAAGUGGCACUGGGGUCUUUCACUGGAUGUGUUAGACAGUAAAGCUAGGCUGGAGCUUCUGUUCGUAUCACAUCUAAGUCAAACACACUUCCCAAAAUUUGCUUCCCAGGUUUUGAUUUUUAUUUUUGUUUAAUCUAAGUAAUAUACAAUUGUCUGAAUCCAGCCAUGGAUUUGGUUUCUGACAUGUUACAGAUUUCAUGGAUUAUCAGAAACAUCUCCUAGAUGCUGAGGUCUAUACAAAUAAAUAAAGAAUACUGAAUUUAAACUCAGCAGUAGAAACAGAUUUGCUGCUUUCCAGAGAAAGGCACUUGCUGUCUGCCAUCCCCCGUGAGUAUGCACAGAGAACACUGGCUUAGAUGGAAACAAACCUGCACUUACCUUUUUGUUGUGUUCAGCCUGUAGUCUGUGAUGAGAUGAGGGUGUGACUGUCGCAGUCCUGCGGGGCCAGUGUGGCUUCUCCUCUUAAGCCUGAGAAGUUGCCGUGUCCCUUACGCAGAAACCUGAGCCUUGGGCCUUGUAAGGGGGACACGGUGUAGCUGGUAUUUUGUGAAAGGUAGGUUCUUACCAAGUUACGGGAAACCUCUAACCUCUUCUCCUCCAGCUCUGCUGAAGACUGCUCUUUAAGUUGAAAAAGACAUAAAUUCCACUUGGUGUCACUGCAACUUCAGUUGCUAAACGGGUCUCAUAGAUGCAAGGUCCAAUUGCCGCUCCCUUAGCUCCUACAGUCAACUAGGAAUUAAAUCAUUUGCUAUACCCACCUUUCCUCAGUAAUAGCACUGGAUUUUCUCUGACCUUUCCAGGAUACAGUUACCAGCCUUAAAGUAUUGACAGCUAAAACACUGCAUCACCAAGCUCUGAUUUUAAAUAGAAACCUUUAUUUACAUUAUUAUUAACAUCCAAACACAAAAAUCAGAAGAGCAGUAAUACCUUACAACCAACUCUUUUAUAGAUCAGUCCCAUGAUUUUGUUUUGCAAAAUAAAGAUACAGAUAUUUCAAGCAAUACUUAUCAUGUAAACUAAAUUUAAAUGCAAUUCUCAAUACUGUAUGCCUUCUCCUGAGAUUUUUUUAAAUAUUGCUCUCAGAAUUCCAUGUUUCAUCUUGCUGUAUUACUGUCAUCUGGUAGUCUGCACAGAAAUUCUAAAAUAAAACAUGUGCUAAUUGGUACAACA